UUUUUUCUAUAAUGCUCUUCUUUUGCCAUUAUAUAUUUAUUUGCUUAAAUAUAUUACAUAUUUAAUCAAAAGCCUAUGUAUCUUUAAAUUUUUUUGAAUUACUGUGAUAUUGGCAUCAUUACAUCUUGUAUAGCUGUAUUCUGUUUGCGAUGUAUUCUAGGGAAGUAUGCGUGGCCCUGUCUGGAUCUGGUUUCCUGGCAUUAUAUGAGGUUGGUGCCUUGGAGUGCCUACAGAAGCAAUGGCCUCGCUUGCUGCAGACAGCAAAGAUUUCUGGAGCAUCGGCUGGCUCCCUUUUGGCAGCUUGUGUAGUGUGUGAUGUCCCUCUUAACUUUGUGAAGGCCAAUUUCUUGGAGACGGCCAAGGAAGCCCAGAGGUGGAAACUGGGUCCCUUCAGUCCCAAGUUCAAGGUCUCUGAUUAUCUCAACCAGGGAUUUGAAGCCCUGCCCCCUGACGCCCACCUGCGGGCCAAUAACAGACUCUUUGUCUCACUCACAAGGAUUAAAGAUGGCCAGAAUGUCAUAAUCUCAAACUGGACUUCACGAGAGGAGUUGAUCCAGUGCCUCCUCUGCUCUUGUUUUAUCCCUGUCUUCUCUGGCUAUCGGUUCCCUUCAUUUCGUGGAGAGAGGUACAUGGAUGGUGGCUUCACUAACAACCUCCCCAUACCAGGCCAGCCAUGCAUAUCUAUUGGCCCAUUUGAGGGGAAGAUUGACAUCUGCCCCAGGAGCAAGGUGCAAAAUUCCCCUUACCUGACCAUUGCUAAUGAGACAGUGGCCAUAAAUCCCACCAACAUCAUGAGGUUUGUACAGUCCCUGAAGCCUCCCCCCAGCGAGAUCUUAGAAGACGUCUAUCAGGAGGGCUACUGGGAUGCUUACUCCUUUCUAAAAGCAAAGACAAGUCAAAAGACAGGCCCUUUGUCUGCAUGAGCUUAAAUGCUUGUGUUCAGUGUGAAAGAGAGGAAUGUUUAUAUUUCAUGCCUGAGGGCAGUAAGGGAAUGGGUGUUGGUGUACACUUUGUAUUUUAAUUUGUAUGGACCGUGAGAUUUAUAACCUAGACAGCCUUCUAAGGAUUGAUUUUUAAGUAUUUUGCUUAUUUACUAUAAAAUAUAAGCAUUAUAUUGUAUUAUCUAUGUUAAGGAAAUUUUAUUAUUAAGAUCUGAAAAUAACCAAGACUUUAUAGUAUUGUUAUACACACCUGUGCACAUGUACUUGCUUGUAUAUGUGUUGAAGCGCACAAUUACAUACAUACUCAUACAUAUGCACAUGCACAUAUGUGCACAUUGACACACACACACACACACACACACACACACACACACACACACACACACACACACACACACACACACCUACAUA